AGGGGAGCAGACAAAGGAGCUGCGUAUUAAACAGAAAAUUUGCGUUAUUCGUGUUUGUCACUGUGGAAGAGGAACCUAAGUUAACGUUCUGUCGCUACAUGCUGAAGAAAUGCUCGAACUUGAGUUGGUACCAGAAAGAAGUCUAGGGUGUGAACAAUGGGAAUUUAUUUUAGGAAUGCACUUUUCGCAAGCAGUAGCAAUAAUUCAGUCACAGGUGGGCAUCAUAAAAGGCGUUCAGGUGCUCUACAGUGAUUCGAACCCUUUAGGCGCAGAUCUUAUUAUUAACUUGCCACAGGAUGGGAUAAGAUUAAUAUUUGACCCAAUUGUUCAGAGACUGAAGAUAAUAGAAAUUUACAACAUGAAACUGGUCAAAGUAAAAUACUGUGGUCUUACGUUCAACUCCCCAGAAGUACUGCCGAGUAUUGAACAAAUCGAGAGGUCUUUUGGAGCUACGCAUCCUGGUGUCCUGGAUACCGAAAAACAAUUGUUUGUUCUGAAUUUUAGGGGCCUUUCAUUUUGUUUUCCUGUUGAAUCAAAAUUCCAGCCAGGUUAUGCACAUGGCCUGGGGUCUCUGCAGUUUCCUAAUGGAUCUUCACCGGUGGUCUCUCGGACAUCAGUGUACAGCGGUAGCAGUCUGAGUGAAUGUCGCACACCGCAGUUACCACUGUGUUGCUACCAUAACCACCUGUAUCUGGAACGUGCAGAGGUUAUUCGGGAGAGACUAACUACAUGUGGCCUUCGUUUGCAUCUCUUCACUGAAGGUUCAUCUCGUAUGCUUGAACCAAGGAAGCAGAAUCUUAGCAGGGAAGUAAUGUUUGGUGAUACAUGCCAAGACGUUGCCACGGCUAUUGGUGCACCAUCACGAGUUUUUUAUAAGUCUGAGGAUAAAAUGAAGAUACACAGUCCAAAUGCACACCGCCGCAUUACUGCCAGACGUUCAGAUUUCUUCUACAAUUAUUUCACCUUGGGGAUAGACAUUUUAUUUGAUGCUAAGACUCAAAAAGUAAAGAAGUUUGUUCUCCAUACCAAUUUUCCUGGUCACUACAACUUCAAUAUGUAUCAUCGCUGUGAAUUUCAUCUGACAUUGCCACCAGAUUCAAGGCAUGGGUCUGAAGGAAGCAGGCAGCUAAUAGAUGUGUCUCCAAUCCCAGUAACGAUAUCUGCGUACACUAAAUGGGACACAAUAUCAGAGCAGCUUAAACCAAGUGAGCGACCUGUGGUUCUGAACAGGGCAAGUUCAACAAACACGACCAAUCCUUUUGGCUCAACAUUUUGCUACGGGUACCAGGACAUCAUCUUUGAGGUCAUGCCUAAUAACUACAUUGCAUCUGUUACCCUGUAUGCUGCUGAGAAGCAGAUGCCUGAGGUAUGACAAUGGCUUUCUGCCACCUACCUCGUGUUGCAGGGAAGGUACUGGCAGUUCUGACACCUUAUCAUGUUUUAAAUAGAAAAUAAAAGGAAACUGGAAGUCAUAUCAUGUUUCUGCUAUUAAGGGAUUGUCUAUGCAGUGAAAGCAAGAUGCCAAAUACUUUGCUGUAAAAUACGAACAUAUGCAUUCUUUUAAAGGAAGAGCUAAAAUAAUCAUCAAGAGAUACAUGAAGAAUAUAAAAGUAUAUGCACCUUAUGUGGAUCAAUAUGUUCAUAAUGACAAUAAGUUUUUGCCAGUGAUAGGGGUUAUUAGUUCAGACUGUUAUUAUUUAUCAUGCAUGCCUCCCUUUCCCUAGUAUAGCACAGAUUGUGAGUACAUUUUCAUGUGAACAAUGACUCGUGCAGAAACUUCUGAGACUGAGCUAAAAUGGGGAAGGUUAAAAUUCUUUGUUGUAAAUGUCGCUGUAACUGUGAUAGAGGAUGGAUGAUUCAGUUUUGUCAGGAACUUGUUGAGGCCUUGUACUUUACAUUGUAUAAAUCCUGAUAAAAAAUUUUGCACUCCACAUUACUCAGCAAAAAGAAAUCUAGGUUCCUGAAAGUUGUUAUUGUUUCUGUUUCCUUUAAACAAAACAGAUUUUGCAGUUGUAUUAAUUGUAUACACUGCAAGAUUGAAAACUUCAUAAGCUAUUAAGAUGAAUUGUGUCAUACCUUGUUGCAGAGAGUUCUGGCAGUAACAUGACUCACAUUAUUUAUCAAUAAAGUUUGUGAUAGUGAGAUUCCUGUUAUUUUUGGCUCUGAAAUACACAGCCACAGAUUUUCUAUUAUAAUUUUUAUACUUGUUGCUACUUGAUUUAUCUGUAAAUGCCCUACUUCAGCGUGAAGUAAUUUUUCUCCAUCUGCUUGAUUGGUCACAGUCACUGGUGACAGCAGUGGUGCACUCGUUUCUGGUGUUGCCAUUGUCACCUAUCUGAAGUAAGUAAUUUAGGCCGUACUAAAGGUAUUUUGGCAUUUUGCUCAGUAAUUUUUUACAAUGUCGUUCUCUUUUCUUUCUCGUCAUUUCUUGCCCUUUCCAGUGUUUUCUCAAAUGGGAUGCAGAUCGCUUACCACAUAUUUCUUUCCUGGAAUUUACUCCAUAACUUCGUUGUUUCAGUCCCACAUUAGUUUUCUGUUUGAUUGUAGGUCUUUACUCAAAAUCUGAAAUUUGUUGCAUGCUGCAGUCCAUGAUUAGAGCUGUGCCCGUGUUGUGUGUUGAUCAACAUGUCCUGGAUACUUAACCCUUCACAUUUUG